GUGGUCCUUUGCUUGCGUCCGACCAAAAUAUAUAGCCUACCAUCCAGUCUCUCUCCGCUCCUCCUUCUUCGCUGAAUCCGGGAGCAUAAAAGGCUGCCGGCCGCUUGUAACAACAGUCAGUCAGUCGACCGCGACGGGCGAAAACCCUGCUGAACCACCUUGUGCCAUUAGCCAUUCCAUUGCUUAGCCCUAGUCCCCUUCCGUCUUCGCCUUCGCUUUCGCCUCUGUCGUUCACCGCCCUGGAACUUCUGCAUCUCUCGGCGUCUACACAUACACAACACAAACACCAUGAAUAUUUCUCAGGAGAACCCUAGUACUACUACCCAUACUGCUAAUCACUCCCCCGUCGACGACCGCAAGCAGAGCCCUCCCGCCUUCCUCGACUUGGCCGACUCUGCGGCGCGGCUGGGGACUAAUAUGUCCGACAUCUCUGCUCGCGUCGAGCUCAAACGCCAGGAACACGAGCGCCAGCGGCUCAUGCAGCGCAAGAUCUUCGAGGACCAGAUGCGCGCCCUCGAGCAGCAGCAGGCGCAGGAGCUGCUCAAGAUCCCCUUCGACGGCAGCGGCGGCGGCGCCCAGCCCGUCGCUGUCUCCGCGCCCACGACCCCGCCGCGUGUCAGCGCGCAGCUGAACGGGGACGCGCGCGACCCCGGCCGCCUGUCCGUCGACGCCGAGUCGCUCUCCAAGGCCGUCGGCUCCGCCGCGGACAAGCGCAAGUCCGUCACGUACGCGACCAGCACGGUCAACCUCUCCCCCGACCUUGGGGGCGCGAACGGCAACGGCUACGGCCGCGCGGUCGGCGCGAAGAGCAUGCCUGCGAGCCGCCGCACCUCGGCGAGCAGCCAGGACGAGGAGCUCGCGGGCCACCUCCAGAACCUGGCUCUGGCUGGCGAGCGUUCCAACAGGGGCUCCCCCAUCCCGCCGCCUGUCUCGGCGUCCAUUCUCCUCAAAGGCAACCGCUUCGAGGACCAAGGCGCACGCUAUGCGAGCACGUACAACGCGGGGAUGAUGCUCGACGAGCAGCUGGAUCAGGAGAUGCACAACGCGAUGCGGCACCUGCCCACGUCGGACGAUGACAAGUACAACACAUAUAACAAGCAACAGGCAUCUGCAGCCCUCGACCUGGCCCACCGCGGCGAGUCCCUCUCCGCCCGUGACAAGCCGUCCGAUUGGCCGUCUUUCCCCGGGCGCGACAGCCUCUCGCGCUCCGAUCGCCGCGCGUCCGCCAACCUGAACCUCUCCUCGUCCCCGAGCGACCUCGCCGCGAUCGGCAAGCUCGCCGGCUCCGUGUCCGCCACGAACACGCCGCUCCUCGCGCAGCACCAGCCGUCCGCCACCGUCGGCCUCGGCUCGCGCCGCGCCUCGCCCCCGAGCCUCCUCGAUGGCCUCGGCAAGCUCGAGGGCCUUGGCGGCACGACGCGCUCGGUGCCGACUACGCCACUCGGCCUGUCGAGCUCGGCAGCGCACCUUCUCAAGACCCCGGGCACGCCGCUCACGGAUGCGCAGACGAUCAGCCUGCUCGCUUCGGCUGCAUCGAACGACUCGAACCUGUCGCCCAGCGAUCUCCAGGCUUCCCUGUCGCGCGUCAACCCCGGCCAGUACGACAACGGCGCGCUGAACUUCUCAGGCCUGUCGCCGCACGAGCCGCUGCAGCAGCAGUAUGGUCUGAAUUCCCCGUAUGGGCUCGGGUCCGGGAUCGAGGGUCGGUAUGGGUACGGCUUUGAUGGGAGCAACGGCUCGCCGGAGACGACGGGCUCGACCGCGCUUUACCACCACAACGGCGCGCGGUACGGCCUCGGUAUCCCAGGCCGCGGCCCCAGCGGCAUGGACAACAAGAUGAACGGCUUGCACGGCCCCAAGCACAAGCGGGGCGACAUGGACCGUGAGUUCAACCGCUUCGCAGGCACGCGGCUCGAGGACCUUCAGGGCGAGAUCCCCGCGCUGUGCAAGGACCAGCACGGCUGCCGGUACCUGCAGAAGAAGCUUGAGGAGGGCCUCCCCGAGCACCGCGACAUGAUCUUCCGCGAGACCUUCGGGCACUUCGCGGACCUCAUGACGGAUCCUUUCGGGAACUACCUCUGCCAGAAGCUGCUCGAGUACUCUACGGACGAGCAGCGCAACAUCAUCUGCGAGAGCGUUGCGCAGGAGCUCGUGAACAUCUCGCUCAACAUGCACGGCACGCGCGCGGUGCAGAAGAUGAUCGACUUCUUGUCCACCAGGCGGCAGACUGACGGCCGGUACAACAACCACCAGAUCCACUCGAUUAUUCUUGCGCUCAGCAUGCAUGUCGUGGUGUUGAUCAAGGACCUGAAUGGCAACCAUGUCAUCCAGAAGUGCUUAAACAAGCUCGCGCCGGAGGAUAAUCAGUUCAUCUACAAUGCCGUCGCGGCGAACUGCGUAGAGGUUGCGACACACCGGCACGGCUGCUGCGUGUUGCAGCGCUGCAUAGACCAUGCGUCGGAUCACCAGCGCAUCCAGCUGGUGAACGAGAUCACGUACAACGCGCUCACGCUCGUGCAGGAUCCUUACGGCAACUACGUCGUCCAGUACAUCCUCGACCUGAACGACAACCGCUUCAGCGACGCCGUCAUCAGGCAGUUCGCGGGCAACGUCUGCGCGUUGUCGGUCCAGAAGUUCAGCUCGAACGUCAUCGAGAAGUGCAUCCGCGUCGCGGAGCACAACACCCGCAAGAUGCUCAUCGACGAGCUCCUCAACCGGACGCGACUCGAAAAGCUCCUCCGCGAUUCCUACGGCAACUACUGCGUGCAGACUGCGCUCGACUACGCCGAGCCCGCUCAGCGCGCCCUGCUCGUGGAGGGCAUCCGGCCUGUCCUGCCUCUCAUCCGCAACACUCCGUACGGCAAGCGCAUCCAGAACAAGCUGCAGCGCGAGCAGAACGAGGGCUACGGCGGCUAUCACAGCCAGCCCAGCAUCGCCGUGCUCAACAACGCCGGCGGCCGCCACAUGUCGCCCAACAUCCGCACGAACCAGCUGAACGACCUGUACCUCUCGCAGGCGCAGGCGGCGCAGUACCCGGGCGCGCAGUUCGGUGGCAUCAGCCCCGCGACGGCUGCCGCGGUGGGCAUGCCCAUGUCCGCGAUCGACCCGUACGUGCUCCAGGGCGGCGCCGCGCACAACCUCUCGCACUCGCCGUCGAACGGCUUCUCGACGUUCGGCACGCCGAGCUCGUACGGCAGCGCGGGGCUCACGGCGUCGUUCGGCGCGGACUCGUACCAGCGUUCCGCGUUCGGCGGCUACGCGAUGUGAGCGCUGCCGGCGCACAUGUCGUACCCCUAUGCAGGCCAAGCCACAAGUCGUCCCGCCGCGCCACCCGCGGCAGGGGCAUACACUCCUUUAUGAUAUGAACCAGGUCCUCUAUGCUGCCCUUUCGUGCGUCGCAGUCGCUCUCCCGCCGUCCCCGCACCUACUUACACCCCCCGCUCAGAUCUAGCCUAGUACCUUACUCGCGUCUACUUUGACUUGUUUUCA